GUCUUGGUUGGCCGUAGACGUAGGUGGUGGACGCACGGCCGACCGACGACGACGAGGACGACGGCGGCGACGUCGACGUCGCCGAGGACGAGCGCAGCAGAUUACCAGCAAAACUUGCCGCGCGACGGAGAGAAAUAGUUCGCCUGCCGACGACGGAGUAAUCAGUCGUUCUCGCAACGCUCCCGAAGAAGCGCGCGCGCGUUGUGUUGUUGUUUGCAACGUCUCUUGAAGUCCGCCGCAAAAGCCAUCCAUAUACGUGAGUCCACUCGGGGGAUAGAUUCUACGAGUGCAGCUUCGAGGUAUCGUUCGAAGCCGUAGCAAAAACGCUGGAUUAAAAUUUGAAAAAGCAUACGAAACAAAUCGGAGAGAUCGGCGCCGAUGACGAGGGUCGUCGAUCGUUUGUGAUACCGACAGUCAAAGAUCGAUAGCCAAAGUAGCUGAAUUUUAAGGAAGAAUAAGUCGCGAAUCGCGUUUGAGAGAAGUGCAUUAAAAGUGCGUUGAGAGUGUUCUAAGAGUGCAGAGAAAGCGUUGGCAUGUACAACCGUCUGUAAAGGCGAGCAGACGCGACACGCAAAGGACGAGAGUCAGGGUAUCAAGUAGGGUGUUUUCGGUGCGUCGAUCCAGUGUUUUCGUUCACCUGGCUCAUCCUCCCUCCGAGAGGCGGAGGGCGGUAAAGCAUCGAUCGCUCGCCAUUUUGCACGACGGCCGACAUCUUUUGCGCGCAUCGACGACAUCUUGCCGCGUGACAUCUUCAACGAUACGGAAGUUACAGAGGCUGCGGACCUUACGUUAAGCGGAAGGACCAGAUUAUUCGCGUAUCCAUUCCUCAAACACGUCUCGUUCUCUCUCCCUCAUCGCUUAUCGACCACCGUGAACGACCGCCAUAUUAUUUAUAACGCUCUCCCGCCGCGGAGAGGGUACGUUAUCGUAAAUUUUGCAUUAAGUUUAAUAAGAAAAGAAAAGAUUUGGCAGAGAAGCAGAAGGUAAAUCGGAGCCCAACGUCGCGGGAGGAAGAAAAAGUAGUGUCCUUCAAGUCGAAGGUAGAAAUCAGCAGGCUGGGAGGUCGGUUGAGCGAGGUGGUGGGUCCCGUCGUGGAGGAGGCCAUCGAGCCAGGGGAUGCGACCCCGCUGACGGGACCCUCGAGGGAGACCUCGAUUCCUCGAGCACCUCCGCCGCAACGUGUUACUACACCGAGUCCGCCGAGACCGCCGCCCGCUACGUCUCAGCAUCACGAGAAUCCGGGUCAUCUGACCCACAAUCCGGGGCACCAGUCCCAAAAUCCCGGGCAUCACAAUUCGGGUAAUCCCGGCCACAAUCCCGGUCACAACCCCGGUCAUCAAACACAUAAUCCGGGAAAUCCCGGCCACAAUCCAGGCAAUCCCAGCCACAACCCAGGCAAUCCCGAUCACAACCCAGGCAAUCCGGGACAUAACCCGGGCAAUCCGGGCCACAACCCGGAUAAUCCCGGCCACAAUCCGGGUAAUCCAGGUCACAAUCCCGGUAACCCGGGUCACCCGAGUCCCGCUGACCAGAAUCCCGCUGGCCAGCCAACACAAAAUCCCGGACAUCCGACGAGUCCAGCACGAGAAGCUUCUCAUCCACCCGUGAGUCGUCAGCCAAGUCAGAAUCCAACUCAGCCGACACAGGGUGACAGGGAGCAGGCACAACCGAGUCAACCGCAACAACAGCAACCUCAGCCGCAACCGCAGCCGCAGCCGCAACAUCCGGAGCAGCAGCGUACCGCCAGCACCAUGGGGACCGUAUUGUCGUUUAGUCCACGAGACCGUCGGGGGUCUGUUUACCCGCCAACGGGGCAUCAGCAUCCCGCUGACUUCACGUUAAACAACUUCAAUUACGAGCAACUAAACAACGCGAAGAAUCGCGAGAACAAGAGCAGCGUAGCCACGGUGGCGCCGGCGCCACCCACGAAUCAUCCGCCGACGAACAACAAUUCGUUACAGAACAAUAACAUUAAUCUGAACAACAACGACAACGCGAGGAUCAUCUCGGAGAAGAACGCCCUGGAGAAGAACCUGAAGAAGCAUUCGCUGUUCAUAAAUGCCCUAUCGUGGAAGCGAUUCAGCACGACCAACAAUAAUAAAAAGAAGCUCGACAACAAGAACAAGAACAUCGCUUUCAGACAGCCGCUCGAUAAUAUACCUAUCGUUGAUAAGAAUAAAAAUAUACAGACGCCGCAGACAAAACCACCGGCGUCGAAUAACAAUCACACCACGCACAAUCCGACGUGUGAGAAAUUGGUGCAGAAACCCCUGCCCCCUGGACCAAGGAAAACUGUCAUCCAGGCCUCCACCUCGGAAUUGCUCAAGUGCCUCGGCGUCUUCCUGCACAAGAAAUGCACCCGUUUAAGGGACUUCCAGGCCGGCGACGCUGUCAUGUGGCUCAGAACAGUCGACAGAAAUCUCCUCCUUCAAGGCUGGCAGGACGUGCCCUUUAUAAACCCUGCCAACGUAGUGUUCGUGUAUAUGCUGGUGAAAGAGCUCGUCGACGGAGACGAGGCGUCUGAGAAGGAGCUCCAGGCGACAGUAUUAACGUGUCUCUACCUGAGCUACAGUUACAUGGGUAACGAGAUCAGUUACCCGCUAAAGCCGUUCCUCGUUGAGGACAGCAAGGAUAAGUUCUGGGACCGAUGCCUCCUGAUCGUCAACCGACUUAGCUCCGAAAUGCUGCGAAUCAACAGCGAGCCCGGAUUCUUCACAGAGAUCUUCAGCGAGCUGAAGGCCUGCGGUUCCAGCGAUCGCGGAAGUCUGACUGGCAGCGGCCUCGAACGGAGCCUCGUCGUCUCCGGAGUCGCGGUACCCACCAAGGCAGCUUGACGGAGCUACACACACCUGCUG